AUGGAAUCUCAUCCCGACGACAUCAUCGCCUGGCUCGUCCCAACCACACAUCAUUCUUGGGCCGACAAAUCUACCCAUCUCCCCGAAAACGCCUCCCGCAUCAUCUCAUCCACAAAUUCGUACCCAUAUCUCACAUCCCGUCUCUCCAACCUCACAAACCAUGCUCCCGGGCGAGCCAUUCAACUCACAUUCUCACAACCGCCUAAACGGCCAGGCAGCUUCAUCCUCGGCACGGAUCCAAGGACCUGCGAUAUCGUCUUACCCAGCGUCGAGGGUAUAUCGAAACAACACUGCGCAAUCAGCUUCGACGCACAGUCAAGACUGGUGCUGAGCGACUUUUCAGAAAGGGGAACGCAGGUGUGGUACGACUGGGAAAGCAACGGCGAUAGAACCGAUUACUCGUGGAUUCUCAGCAGCGGGUGCUCUGAUGAGUUUCCCAGCAUGGUGCAGCGCAUCACGGUUGAUAUCCAAGGAGUGCGAUUUCAAGUCGUUGUAAAUGACCAUUCGGAUUGGAACACCUUUAGAGAACAGGUUGACCGAUUCUGUGAGCAGCCUAGCUGGGAAGAUGCUUCUCCCUGGGUUGACACGUUGCUACUGUCGUCAGCCAUGACCCCCUUUCAACACGUUGUUGUAAAGAACACAACAAGCGAGCCAAUUGGAGAGAUAUAUCUCUGGAAUUUGGCACGGCCAUGGGAACCGAUGGUAAAGGCAUCGGCGUAG